AUGAACCUUUACAAAGAUAUAAAAGUAGCAGUGGUUAACCACCAAACCGUGCUGGCAAUGAUUUUGAUACAGUUGUCAUAUGCAGGCAUGGCCUUAAUAAGCAAGGCUGCCUUCAAUGAGGGAAUGAGUCCUCUGGUGCUCAAUGCUUAUAGGCAAGCUAUUGCUACAAUAGUUUUGGCACCCUUUGCAUUUCUAUUGGAAAGAUCCUUCAACAAGUAUAGAAUCCAGGUCACUUCACACAUAGCCACAUCCAUUGAUCUAUACUCAGCCUCUGCAGUAGAUCUAGAGACUGUAUUUUGUUUCUUAGACUUCCAAGAGACCAAUGAGUCACCUAAGAAAACACAAAAACCUGUAAUGGACCUUCUAGAAUCUGGACAAGUUGCCCAAUCUGCAUCUGCAAAAGCUUUUAUGUGCAGUGAAGUAUUUGAUGGAAAUAACAACCCUUGA